GGGGGCAGCAGCAGCAGAAGAGGAGGGAGGAGGAGGAACGGGCGAGGAAGGCGGAGUUGACAGUUUGGAUGCGUUCAUGGCGGACAUGGGGACGCAGAUGGAGAAGGACAAGCUCGCCUCCCUCAAGCGGCAGCUAGCUGACGUGGAGUCGCAGCUGGCCCGCGUGUCCCGCCUGCUCCGGAUAGCCGACCCUGACGGCUGGCUGCAGCCGGGAUCUGCGGCGGCGGAGAGGGCGAAGGCGGCGGCAGUGGCGGCGGCGGCGGACAAACGGGUCAAAGCGGCGGCGGCGACGGCGGCUGCUGCUGCGGCGAAGCGGCGGAAGGAGGAAGAGGCUGCCAAGCGCGCCUUCCAAGUUGAAGAGGAGGA